CUCAAAAGCACUGGAGCAAGGAAUAACCAACAUACCCUGAUCAGUAAUGAACUGUAACCAAGAAAAGUCCUAAGUACGAGGAGAACUAAUCCAAACCUGAUUCAGAGAUACCCACACACUGCCUGAGCCUUAGUGCAUGGCACUACUGCAGGGUGUGUGCCACAUUAACCUGAGUGUCUUUGUGACUUACCUCCACCUAUGUUUGAUAAAGUUGCACUAACACAAUGAUUAAUUCCCCCAAUGACAGAUGAAGAAUCUUGAUGCUGACAUGUGCUUAGACCAAGGCCCUGUGCCAGGUCACACACCCAUUGCUUUUGGCUGCUACUACUAUGGACCUCAAUUCACAUAUUACCGCACAACUGGUGAGCUCUACAUCGGCGGCCUCAAGUCCCACAAAUACAAUGAUAACCGGUGUUUAACUGAUGUUGGCCAAAAAGAAACUGAGCCAGGCCUUUACAACUGCAAAGAAGCUAUGCAGAAAGGAAUGGGGAUAUACUGGGACUUCACUCAGGGUAAAGAACUGAAGAACAGACAGACAAAAAGAUGUCUGGAGAUUAAAAGUAGCAAACUUCUAAUACAGGAAUGCUCUGGCCAAAGAUGGGAAAUCCAAAACAUAAUCAAAGCCUUUUAAAGUGUCAGUGAAUCCAAUAAGUGCUCUUCUUUGCUCAUAGGUCAGUGGAUAAUAACAGUUGAAUGUGUAAAAUGUAAACGAAAGUCAAUGAAAUGUGACUACUGUUACGACUCUUGUAAUUCUUUAUAUGUUCUCUUACUUGGGAUAGAAAAAGUAAUUUAUUUUGGUAAUCUUAAGUGAAAUGUGUGGACAUUUCCCCAAAAAUAGAAUUUUGUAAAUUUGCUUGACAUCUUCUGUAUUAAUAUUAAGGUUGCAAAUGAUUGUUUUCCUUAUUUAUUAAUAUUCCAGUUAUUUUUUGAUUCACUGCUUAGUCACAGUUAUUCACAAGAAAAAGAUACUAACCAUGAAUUACCAAAACCCAAAACAAUGUUAGGAUUCCUUUUUUUACCAGGUGACUGUGAGAAAUACCAGAGGUUUGGUUAAAGGAAAUACCCAUAUAAAAUAGCAAAACUGAGAAAAGUGAACAAAUCCCAUAUAUUUCUCUCAUGUUUUUCAAUCCAAAAUUAUGACCAAUGAUUAAAUGUGAGUUUUCCUGGCUUUGCUAAGUGCAUGUUCAAUAUUAAAUGAUGGUCUAAUAACACAGGAAUAACGUCCAGGGGACAGCUACUCUUAUAUCACUAAAAUAAUCCAGGUCAGGUUUUCUGUUGUUGUUGUUGUCUGUGUAUUGGAUCUUGAUUAUUUCUUUUGAAAAUGUCACAUAGUUAUGGUAAGAGGUGUGGUGUGGCUGGUUGUUAUAACAGUGUCAUAUUGUCAAUGGAAAACUAUUGUGGGUGUGUAAAGGAUCUUGGUGUUUUAUCAAAGUCUGUUAGACUAAAAUAACCUCCAGCCUCAGUCCCUUCUGGAGAUCCUCAACAAGCCAUUUUUUUAAACACAGUUUUUCAAAUAUUUAACUUUUUGUUUGGAACUUAGAAAUAAAUUGAUCUAUCAAACUAC